AUGGCUUCAAUGCUAUCUCGUACUGGACUUCGUGCCUUUCGCGCCAUUUCCACCAUCCCCAAGCUCCCACAGGGAUUCCCUCGCUCGCAGCUGGUGCAGCCCUUGUCUCGCCGGUUCCUCGCAACGAUCCCACAGGAGCAGCCGCGUCUGCGUCUAGGUUCUACUGCCCCCAACUUUAAGGCACAGUCGACGCAUGGCGAGAUCGACUUCCACCAGUUCAUCGGCGACAGCUGGGCCAUCCUCUUCUCCCACCCUGCGGAUUUUACUCCAGUCUGCACUACGGAGCUGGGAGCUUUUGCGAAGCUGAAGGGCGAAUUCGAGAAGCGGGGGGUCAAGAUGAUUGGAUUGAGCGCCGAUGACCUCUCCUCGCACAAAGAAUGGGUCGAGGAUAUCAACGAGGUAUCCAGCACCAACGUGCAGUUCCCCGUCAUCGCCGAUCCGGACCGCAAAGUCGCCUUCCUGUACGACAUGGUCGACCAGCGCGACCUGGACAACAUCGCCAACAAGGGGAUCCCCUUUACGAUCCGCGCGCUGUUCGUGAUCGACCCGGCCAAGACGAUCCGGCUGACGAUGCUGUACCCGGCUUCGACGGGGCGCAACUCGGCCGAAGUGCUGCGCGUCGUCGACGCCCUGCAGACGGCCGAUCGGAGGGGCGUCGCCACCCCGAUCGACUGGACCGUGGGCCAGGACGUGAUUGUGCCGCCGUCUGUCUCGACGGAAGACGCGCGCAAGAAGUUUGGCGAUGUGCGGGAGGUGAAGCCGUACCUGCGGUAUACAGGGCAUGAAUAG